CUCUAAUGUGUCACAAAAGACAAAAAGGAAAAGGAGAGACCCCCAGGCGCGCUGCACAACACCUGAACCCAGCCUCAGGUCUAUUAUGAUAGUGCAGACAUUGUUAGACCUCUACCUCAUCCAAUCUGCCUUUUUCAGUUCCUUGUGAGGACUAAGGAGUGUCAUGGCUGUUGUUGGUGGGAGGGUUUCUCAAGGUUUUCCUGACUUUGGUGCGAUCUUCAUGUGUAACAAAAGAACAAAGGAUGAGUGUUUCGGUAGGGGGAUCUUUGGACUUCCGCUUUCAUUUGCUAAUUUUGUGAAUCAUGUCAAAGCUGGAAUGCUUUUGUUUCUGUUUGAAUAUGAGGGGCGAAACCUUUAUGGAGUUUUCGAGGCUACCUCAGAUGGCAGAAUGAAUAUUAAGCCUCGCGCUUAUUGUUCAUCUGGGAAGUCUUUUCCUGCACAGGUUUGCUUUCGUGUUGUUUGGAGAUGUCAUCCCCUGCCUGAGCAUACUUUUCGUGAUGCUAUUAGGGACAAUUACUACUCAGCUAACAAGUUUAGUUUUGGUUUGUCUAAGAAACAGGUUGAAAGGCUUGUAUGGUUGUUUCAAUCUAGAAGAAGGAUCAAAGUUGAAAAGUAUCCAAAGGUCAAGGAUCUGAAGAAGCUAUCCACCAAAUCUUCUAAAAAGAUGAAUGCUGUUGGUGCAGCGCAAACUGAUCAGAAUACUUCAUCAGGAAGUGGUAGCGUUGAGUUGCAGGGAGAAGUGGAAUGCAAGAAUACUUCAACUGAUUCAUAUUUACUGGAAGAUUACAUACCAUUAUCUGAUCCGGAACAUAGUGACCCUGCAAACGCUGUAUGUCUACGAAAUGCUGAUUCGAGUGAAGGAAAGGACCAGAAUGACCAUGAGCUUUGCCACAAAGUGAAGAGCAUGUACUGUGACACCGUGCAGGAAAGGCCUAGUGUAUUCUCUAGGUUGCAAUACGGUGCCAGAGCUUUUUCUCAAGUCCAGGAAGAAAACAUUCACACAAAAUUGGAGUUGAAGUAUUCAUUGUCUGAACAAGAAGGCGGUCAAAUGACAUCUGAGCCCCAUCCUCAUCCUGUGCAAACAGUAAUGAAGGCAUUGGAGACGCUACAUGAAAAGUGGACCAGUAAAAAUGCAACUACAAGGCUGACGAAGAAGAAGAAAAAGAAGAAGACCAGCGUGUUUUCCCGCAUUAAUUUUCUUCCACAAGUCCCUGUGAUGCCUAACGUGGAGGUGAACAAAGUCCCUUGCACGGACAAUGCAUCCAAUGGAUUCUAUACGGUAGAAGCAAAAGAGACGACUAAAAAGAGAAGUCGCCAAGUGUGUAUCCUAGACAACGGAGAUGGUAACAACACAGUUGUGACAAUCCAAGUAAAUGAUUCACCAAGGCCGGUAAUAGUGAAGCCAUCAUCUCCGAGUCUGGACUGCAACCAAGUGUUUGGAAUGCCUUUUCCGGAAAGUCAGCACAAAAAGAUGAAAUUAUGUGUUCAGUAAUUUCUCCAUUGUUGCAUCAGUUGCAUGCUGUGUUUUUCUGCUAGGAUUUGAGGUUGAAAGACCAGACUGUUAGCUGCUAGAACUACAAGCCCUUGCCUAACAGUAAGUGCUAAAACAAUUCAAAAGGGUAUCUAAAUCAAAUGCUAGAGAACCU